CGCGCCAGCCAGACGUGUAAACACCUACCGUCUUCCGCACUCCCUAUAAAAUACCCAUUCCUCAUUGCAUAACAUGGCACCAGCGCCAAACCCCAAACAAGGCAAAAAGCGCACGCGCAACGGAACCGAAAAGCCCCAACAGCAAUCCAAGACACCUCCUACCAGCACCUUAGCUCCAUCCGAGAAACCCCAAACCGGCUCCAAUACACCACCCAAUACUCUUACGACCCAUCCGACUCCGCAAACCCAUUCAAGCCCAAAUCGCCCCGCAGGCCAACAAUCCCAAAUGCCACCACCUCCGCGACCCAAUCCCCCGCACCCGCCCUCCCUCUCCACCGCCCCCAAACAAGAUCAACAACAGAGCAAGAGCAAGAUACAAAAAGUCCCGCGCCUCCCACCCCAAACCACCAAAAUCACAACCCGCCCCCUCCCACACCCGCCCAUCCCCUCCCCCUUCUCCGCCUCCACCUCCCCAAAAACAAUCUACAUAACCACCACCUCGCCCUUCAUCCCCGCCAUCAAACGCAUCCGCGGGCUGCUCGCCGAAAUCAAAAAACGCGAGGACCAAUCCACCGCCGCUACGUUAUCGGGCAGAGCGAGGAACAUCUAUGGCCGUAAAAGCAGGAGCAAGACUGGCACCAGGAGGGCAGGAGCGGGGGCGAGGGGCGCAAGAGGAGGAGGAGUUCCUGGUGUUAGUGGAACCGGAAGACCAGUUAUGAAUCUCGUACCCGAUGGCACGCUGACGGAGCGCGACGUCGAAGCCGCGAUCGCGGAUUCGGCAGCCUCGCUUGCGUCCGGCGGCGGCACCAGCAUGCGGAAAGGCAGAGAGUGCGUGUACAUCAAAGCGACGGGGCGCGCGAUACCCCGGGCGCUGGAGAUCGGUGUGUAUUUCCAGGCCCAGAGCGAUUGCGGGGUUAGGGUGGAGAUGGGGAGUGUGAAGGCUGUUGAUGAUAUUGAGGUACUGCCUCCAGAACAAGAUGAAGGGGAGGGGGAAGAGAAAGAGGUAAGGGAUGAAGAGGGCGAUGUGGAUAUGCGGGAUGUGGGAGGGGAGGAAAGUACGGGUAGGGAGGGGAAGCGGCUGCAGGAGGACCUCCAAAAGGGAGAAAAAGAGAAGAGGAAGAAAGUGACGGGCAAGAAAGCUAGCAUGCCACGGGAAGAUAUACCCGAGACGCGAAUCCGCACCCUAAGUGCCAUAACCGUAUCAGUAUGGUCUGUAUGAAUACCUCUCAGGCACAACCUCCCACUUGAGAGCAACGCACCUCUCUAGCUCCGUUGUGCAUAUAUAGCAGAUACCCCUAGACUUUAUGAUAAUGGGUCUCAAUCACAC